AUGAAUAUGAAAAUUGAAAAUAAUGUCACUGAAGAUGACAUACAGUAUAAUAAGAAAGGAAAGAAAAAUGAAGAGUUGGACACAUAUUUCACGGCCGAAGUACCGGUGCCUCAGAGCGAUGACUAUUCAUUCAGUUGGCGAAAACUGUUGGCCUUCACGGGUCCCGGUUUUCUCAUGUCUAUCGCAUACUUAGAUCCGGGAAACAUUGAAUCGGACCUCAAAUCUGGUGCUGUGGCCCGAUAUAGACUACUAUGGGUUUUGGUCAGCUCUACAAUCGUCGGUCUAUUCCUCCAACGCCUGUCCGCUCGCAUCGGUGUCGUUACGGGUAAACAUUUGGCCGAAAUUGGUUACCGACGAUACAGAAAAGUACCGCGACUUUUGCUAUGGAUUUGCUCAGAGAUCGCUAUCAUUGGUUCCGAUAUGCAAGAAGUGAUCGGAACGGCAGUCGCCAUAUAUCUACUGUCCAAUCGAGUCGUGCCAUUAUAUGCGGGCGUUUUGGUAACCAUUUUGGACACAUUUUCAUUCUUACUGUUAGACAAAUACGGUCUGAGAAAACUGGAGGUCUUUUUCGCCGCAUUGAUACUCAUAAUGGUUGGCACAUUUGGCUUCGAGUUUGUCAAAGUCAAACCCAUGGCCAGCGAUAUAGCAAAAGGUAUUUUCAUACCGUACUGUCAGGACUGCGACAACGAUGCUGUGCUACAGGCAGUGGGCAUAAUUGGUUGCAUAAUAAUGCCGCACAACCUAUACCUACACUCAGCGCUCGUAAAGUCGCGACGAGUGGACCGGAAAAUCAAGUAUGAAGUGAAAGACGCCAAUCGAUACGUGUUUAUAGAGGCUAUCGUAGCGCUAAUGGUAUCGCUAGUGAUCAACAUAUCGGUGACGUCGGUCUUCGCGCACGAAAUCUUUGGCAAAACCAACGCCGAAGUGCUGAACAUGUGUCGGGCGACCAACAACUCGCUGUUUGACAUCGACGGCUUUGAGGACAACACCGACCCGUUUGAGGCCGACACAUAUAAGGCGGGUAUUUACUUGGGCUGUGCUUUCGGAUCGUACGCCAUGUAUAUAUGGGCGGUCGGCAUAUUCGCCGCCGGCCAGUCGUCCACAAUGACGGGCACAUAUUCGGGUCAGUUCGUGAUGGAGGGCUAUCUGAACCUGCAGUGGUCGCGUUGGAAGCGAGUCCUACUGACCCGAUCCAUAGCCAUAGCGCCCACACUGGCCGUCACACUCACGUCCGACAUCGAGCACUUGACCGGAAUGAAUGACUACCUGAACGCCUUAAUGAGCCUUAUGUUGCCGUUCGCUUUGAUACCGACCCUAACGUUCACGUGUUCUCUCAAAGUGAUGGGACCCAAGUUUGUGAACGGACGGGCGGGCAAAACAUUUGCCACUCUUGUAUCAAUUGUUAUCAUAAUGAUUAACAUAUAUUUCGUCAUUAAUCUGGUCAUUGAAAAGGGAGACACUUUGAUAUAUAGUAUUGUAGCCGUGGUUGGCAUCGGUUACGUCGCUUUUACCCUGUAUUUAAUGGUCUGCUUUUCAGUGGUCCUAUUCUCGAGCGAUUGGCCAAAUCGGGUCAGAUUUGGUCAAUAUUUUAGAGAAGUGGACACAAUUGAGUAUCAAUACACUGAUCGUAUCGAUACACCUGUAGAACCCGAUACACAGUUAUAA